AUGGCAAUCGUAUCGUUAAUCUUGUUCUUCGUUUUUCUGCUGUGGCAUCCCCGUCAAUCACCGCUUCUUCGUAUGGACAUCCACCAAUUAGAGAAACGUUGUGCCUAUCUGGCGUUGGCCGAGGAGGAUGGUGGCGGGCUGGAGGCGCCAGAGGCGCAGUCCAUCCCAAAUGCGACGAUCCAAAAUAAUCUGGUCGGGAGACUUCUCACCGAUCGUCCAAUCCGAUUUGAACACAUGCAACACGUCUUAGCAUCGGUGUGGCGGCCGGUGAUGGGCAUGUACGCAUUCUCUCUGGCUGACGAUCUUUUCCUUUUCCAGUUUCCCCAUCCGAAGGAUCUUCAGAGGAUAAUCGACGAUGGGCCUUGGUCGUUCGAGAAUCACCUGUUAGUUUGUGAACAGGUGUCGACAGGGACUCGGCCGGAGGACGUUCUGCUAGAUUCCAUUCCCUUUUGGGUUCAGAUCCAUGGUUUGCCUGCAAUGUAUGCUUCACCAGAUUUCAUUACCAAGAUAGGGGAUUACAUCGAGUCGUUCAUUGCAUCUGAUCCGUUCAAUUUUAGAGGGGCUUGGAAGAGCUUUUACAAAAUCAGAGUGCGGCUGGGUGUGUCGUCUCCGCUUAAGAGACAAAUGAAAUUGACUCGGCGUGAUGGCACGAUGCAGUGGAUCACCUUCAAAUAUGAGAGACUCAACACGUUUUGCUACUGUUGUGAGCUGCUUGGGCAUUUAGAUAAAUUUUGCAAGACUGCCUACGAGGAAGGAAUUCUACCAGAGGAAUUCCCGUUCGGUGCUUGGUUACGGGCAGGCCCCAGACGACAUGUGAAGCUGGUGGGGGCGAAAUAG